AGAUAAAUUAGUCCGGUCUCAGGAAGCAGUUUCUGCGGCCUAGCGGAACUAUGGAUUUCUAGCACAAAGAUUUCGGUCCGGAGUUUGGUGUCUGCUUCCGUUACAGAGCGGAAGUGUGGUUCACCAGAGGACGACCCUUGGACGAAUUUACUCUCCGCUAUACGCUCGGCAGGAAUCAUGUCGAGUUUGGCGGUCAGAGACCCAGCCAUGGAUCGAUCACUGCGUUCGGUGUUCGUGGGGAACAUUCCGUAUGAGGCGACGGAGGAGCAGUUAAAGGACAUUUUCUCGGAGGUUGGUUCAGUUGUCAGUUUCCGUCUCGUCUACGAUAGAGAGACAGGAAAGCCCAAGGGUUAUGGCUUCUGCGAGUACCAAGACCAGGAGACUGCGCUUAGUGCCAUGCGGAACCUCAAUGGGCGAGAAUUUAGUGGGAGAGCGCUUCGGGUGGACAAUGCUGCCAGUGAAAAGAACAAGGAGGAGUUAAAGAGCUUAGGCCCGGCAGCCCCCAUCAUUGACUCACCCUAUGGGGACCCUAUUGAUCCAGAAGAUGCUCCAGAAUCGAUUACUAGGGCAGUCGCCAGCCUGCCCCCAGAGCAAAUGUUUGAGCUGAUGAAGCAAAUGAAGUUGUGUGUCCAAAACAGUCACCAGGAAGCUCGAAACAUGCUACUUCAGAACCCACAAUUGGCAUACGCUCUGCUGCAGGCACAAGUGGUGAUGAGAAUCAUGGAUCCAGAGAUUGCACUGAAAAUUUUGCAUCGUAAGAUCCAUGUAACACCACUGAUCCCAGGCAAAUCACAGCCUGUCUCUGGGCCUGGCCCUGGUGGGCCUGGUGGCCCUGGUGGCCCUGGAGGCCCUGGCCCCGGCCCUGCCCCUGGCCUCUGCCCGGGACCUAACGUCAUGUUAAACCAACAGAAUCCUGCCCCUCAGCCUCAGCAUUUACCAAGAAGACCUGUGAAGGACAUUCCUCCUCUGAUGCAGACCUCGAUCCAGGGCGGAAUUCCAGCUCCGGGGCCAAUACCAGCUGCAGUUCCUGGACCUGGACCUGGUUCCUUAACCCCGGGAGGAACCAUGCAGCCACAGGUUGGCAUGCCAGUGGUUGGUCCAGUGCCCUUAGAGCGAGGACAGAUGCAGAUAUCAGAUCCUAGACCUCCAAUGCCUCGUGGACCCAUGCCUUCUGGUGGCAUCCCUCCUCGAGGACUACUGGGAGAUGCUCCAAAUGACCCGCGUGGAGGAACUUUGCUCUCAGUGACUGGAGAAGUAGAGCCCAGAGGCUAUAUGGGACCACCCCAUCAGGGUCCUCCAAUGCAUCAUGGUCAUGACAACCGUGGCCCUGCCUCACAUGAUAUGAGAGGAGGACCGUUAGCAGCAGAUCCCAGAAUGCUAAUUGGAGAACCCAGAGGUCCCAUGAUGGAUCAAAGAGGUCUACCUAUGGACGGUAGAGGAGGAAGAGAAUCUCGAGGGAUGGAGGCCCGGCCCAUGGAAACGGAGGUCUUGGAGCCACGAGGAAUGGAGAGAAGAAUGGAGACCUGUGCAAUGGAAACCAGAGGGAUGGAAGCAAGAGGCAUAGACGCAAGAGGACUGGAGAUGAGGGGCCCUGGCCCUAGUUCCAGAGGUCCGAUGACUGGUGGGAUCCAGGGUCCUGGCCCCAUUAAUAUGGGGGCAGGUGGCCCUCAGGGACCUCGACAGGUUCCAAACAUUGCAGGAGUGGGAAAUCCUGGAGGUGCCAUGCAGGGGGCAGGUAUACAAGGAGCAGGAAUGCAGGGGGCAGGUAUGCAAGGAGGAGGGAUGCACGGAGCAGGCAUUCAAGGAGGGAUGCAGGGGGCAGGCAUGCAAGGAGGAGGGAUGCAGGGGGCUGGCAUGCAAGGAGCCAGUAAGCAAGGUGCGGGCCAGCCUAGCAGUUUUAGCCCUGGGCAAAGCCAGGUAACUCCACAGGAUCAAGAAAAAGCAGCUUUGAUCAUGCAGGUUCUUCAGCUGACUGCAGAUCAGAUUGCCAUGCUGCCUCCUGAGCAAAGGCAGAGCAUUUUGAUUUUAAAGGAACAAAUCCAGAAAUCUACGGGUGCUUCUUGAAAGGUUUUCAGCUAAGAAGUACUUAGUUAUUCCUUCAGGGUUUACUCUGUGGCAUGAAGUGGGUGCAAAAAGCUGUCCUCUGUGUUCGCACACUUUAACCAUUUAAGGUUUUCUUCUCCCCAGACCUUAAAUCUUAUUUCUUGUCUUGUCACUUUCUGUUUUCCUUUUUAUUUUUUGAUUGAGGGGAGGGUGUGGAGGGGGUGGGCCUGUUUACUUUGUCACUGUUGACUCUACUGGGUACCCUAAAAAUGACUACAUCAUACAAAAUAAGGUUAUGAGGAAAAUGCGGCAAUAAUUUGUCUGCACUUUGUUAACUGUGUUUUAAAAAUACUGAGUAAACUGGGAACUACAUAAAAAUUGAAGAUGGCUUGUUACAGUAUUGAUAUACUAAGAUAGUUUAAAGUUCUUUGGUUGUAUAUUGAACUGAAUGUCAGAAUGUUAAGAUACACUUUUUGGUAAUAGAAAUUUCUAUAUUUUGGAGGCAGCAGAGUACUGUAGUAAGGUUAAUGUUUAGUUAUUUUGGAAUUAUUUUGAAAUAUUGGAGCUAACAGUUUGUGGUAUAGAUGUAUGUUUUUUUUUUAAAGCAUUGUUAUCUGUAAAAAGAUAAUUUUCAUUUAUCUGACUUUUUUUUUAGACCAUUAAUAUUCUUGCCUGAUCCCAACUGGUAGUUUUGCAGGAUAGUUGUAGUGUCAGCUGAAUUACAUAAAGCCGCCUCUGGGGAGACUCAAGUGAUCUUCUUACACAUUUCUCUAAAAAAUUCUUAAGGCCCAAGUCUGGUUGUAAGUAGUUUUUUCACAUCAUUUAAAAGAAUCAGACAUGGGGUUUGACUUUCUUGAGUAGUGGAGGUUUUUGGGUUUUUUUUUGUUUUUGUUUUUGUUUUUCAGUAAAGCUCCCAGGUUCUUGAUAAACCACUAUCCAUUCACAGAUGGAAUCCAUUUGGUCAGCAAGAACCAGAAGUUAAAAUCUUACUCUAUGCCUUUUGAUAUGUCUUACAGUUUGAUAACUUUCACAAACUACUUUUCUAUCAUCACCUUGCUAGAACUGGGGCCCAAGUGAACUGACAACUCUGCUCAGUUAACUUAAUAUGUUAUUUCUCACAACUCACAAAAGCCCUUUGGUCAUAACGUAGUUCCCAUGAAGUGUGUUUGAGAAUAAGGAAUGUGGAACUUAAUCCAUUUCUUUUAGAGCUACUGUAUCAUUUUCAAUCAAUGUGACACCUGGAUGUAGUGUCAUAUUUAGAUAAUGAGCAGAAACAAGCACAAGCUCCCACUUGACCAAGUGGCAUUCCUCUGUGGGAAAAUAAAUACCCAGCUACUGAGGGACGAGCAGCCUUAGGGAGGGAGCUGACCCAAGGUUGUUUUCCCUUGCAAAGUUCGAGCAUUUUUGAGUGUACAGAGUUUUCAUUCUUAGGCUAUUUUCCAGCCAUUUAGUUUUUGUGCUAGUGUUAGACUCCUGUGGUUUCCUCUGCCUCCUAUGCUGAGGCGGGUUCGUGUUCUGUACCUUUAUGCUAGUUCUGACUAAUCCCAAUUGCUUGCUUCUUUCGAGACUGCAGUUGCUAGCCCAAAACUUCUUACAGUCUUUGUUAUAAGAAAAUCUCUGCGUUGUUUCAUGAAAAUUAAAUAAAAAGGUUAUAUAA